AAUAAUAAAAAAAAAUUCAGUAAAGAUGCUUAAGAAAAAAAAAUCUGUUUAAAGUUAAAAAUAAAAACUGGAAGAUUAAUAUUUUGAUAAUUUUAUGGAAAGUUUAUUGAGGUUAUAUACUGCAUAAAACUCAUCAAAAUAAAUAGAUAUUAUUAAAUAUAUUUAAUAAUAAAAAUAUAAUGUCACUUCGUGUUAGAUUAUCAAGAACUAAAGUUGGUAAAUUUAUAAGUAAUAUUGCAAUGAAAUGUUGGGCCUAUUCUGGUGCUUACAUUAUAAUAUGUUUUAUUUUAUACUGGUUUUAUGGUGGAAUUUUAGCAUUUUUUCUACUAUGUUUUGCAACAACAGGUGUUUUAUAUAGAAUGGAAGAUCAAUUGUUAUAUCAUCCAGAAUUACCAGCUCAUUCACGUGUUUAUGUGCCAGCACCAUCAAUGUUUAAUUUACCAUAUCAAAGUGUUUAUACUAGAUCACAUGAUGGAACAAUGUUACACAUGUUUUUUAUAACCCAGCCAAAUGACAAAAUUAAAUCAUCACCAACAAUACUAUUUCUUCAUGGAAAUGCUGGAAACAUGGGACACAGACUACAAAAUGUUUGUGGUCUCUAUCACAAAUUACAUUGUAAUAUUUUAAUGCUAGAGUAUCGAGGAUAUGGUUUGUCUCAAGGUACACCAUCUGAAAGUGGUCUCUACAUGGAUGCACAAGCUGGAUUAAAUUUUCUAGCAUCUAGAACAGAUAUUAAUACUAAUGAAAUAAUUGUAUUUGGCAGAUCACUUGGUGGUGCUGUUGCAAUUGAUUUAGCAACAAAACUUGAUAACACACAAAAAAUGUGGUGUUUAAUUGUGGAAAAUACAUUUACAAGUAUUCCAGAUAUGGCAAAAAUAUUAAUUGGUUUGAAAUUAUUAAAAUAUUUACCACUUAUUUUUUAUAAAAAUAAAUUUAUGUCAUUGAUAAAAAUGAGAUCAAUAAGUAUACCAGUAUUAUUUAUAUCUGGUCUUGCUGACACAUUGGUACCACCAAAAAUGAUGGAAGAUUUAUAUAAUCAUUGCAAGUAUUGUCAUAAAAGAUUAUUAACAAUACCUGGUGGUACACACAAUGAAACAUGGAAUAAAAAUAAUUAUUAUGAAAAUUUACAAAAAUUCAUUGAUGAAUUACGUGAUAAUCCACCAAAACGUGUUGAUCAUUAUCAAAUUGAUGUUAUUUAAAAUAAUUAUUUUAUACAUUAAAAAAAAA